AUGUCUACGCUUGUUCAAUUGAUAUCAAAUUAUUACAAAUCGGUAGAGAAAGCUGAAAAAAUUUACAACCAUUACAUUGCCAGAGAGCCGAAUCUUUCAACCACAUCAUCGGCACCAAAGAUAGUUAACGAAACUUUACUCCUUCAAAAACAAUUAUCUGAUCUAACUUCCCAAGUACAAAAUUUGAAAAGAGAGAAUGACAAUUUAAAGGAAUCAAUCAAGUUGUACAAGGCAUUGAAUGAAUCGAAAAUAUCAAAUUAUAAGAAAAUUAUAGAUAAUUUACAAAACGAUAAUACCGUUAAGGACAACAAAGAUUUUAGUUUCCAUUUACUCUCACCAGUAAUAGACAGGAAACGUAGCGUACUAGGGUCACACACAAUAUUCGACAAGCGUGUACGAAGUGACAGUGACGAAGUAGAAGACGUUUUGGUCAAAUUUGAUACUCCAAGCUUGAAAGACUUUUCUAACGAUGACGACGAUGACGAUGAUGACGAUGACGAGGAAGAAGACGCUUUUUCGACAGCUUCCAACACUAGUAAGAAACGUAAACUCACAAAGAGAAAGAUCAACAAUAUCAGAGACGAUGACAACGAUAAUAACAGUAAUUAA